AACAUCCAUUAAGGGAACAAGCUGGAGAUAUUUAUGUAUGUGAGAGGAUCAAAGAAACAGUAUAGUAAGAGAUAAUGACAACAAUACUGUACAUGCAAUAGCUAUUACUUCUUGGUUAACAGCUCCACACUCCUACAAACUGCCUCAUCCUGUCUCUGGCUGUGGCUGACCUGUUUGUUGGGACUUUAGUUUUGCAGUUCAACAUGGCACUGUCUGUUAAGUCAUGUUUGUAUUUUGGGGAUUUAGUUUGUAAAAUGCGACGCAGCUUUGACAUCUCACUAAUGACAACAUCAAUUCUCAACUUAUGUUGUAUUUCUAUUGACAGAUAUUAUGCUGUGUGUCAACCCCUGACAUAUAGAACCAAGAUAAAUGGACGUGUUGUUGUGAUCAUGAUCCUGGUGAGCUGGACUGUUUCUGCUUUAUCUGGAUUUGGCAUCAUAUUUGUAGGACUUAAGCAUACUACCUGUGAAGGAAGGUGUUUCAUAUUUCAUAUUCCAAAUUCAAAUACAAUUGGCUCUGUUGUCUCAUUUUACCUCCCAUCAGUCAUAAUGCUCUGUAUCUACCUGAAGAUUUUUCUUGUUGCACAGAGACAGGCACGCAGCAUCCAGAACACAAAGUCUGGAGCAACUGUCAGUAAGAUGGAGAGAAAGGCCACUAAAACAUUGGCUAUAGUUAUGGGAGUUUUCCUUUUCUGUUGGACUCCUUUCUUUCUUUCUUUAACCUUUAAUCCUGUGACUAAUUAUUCAGUCCCAUCACCUCUUAUUGAAACUCUUGUUUGGCUUGGAUGGUCAAAUUCAAUGCUUAAUCCAUUAGUUUAUGGAUUCUUUUACAGCUGGUUUCGAGCUGCUUUCAGAAUGAUCAUUUCAGGACAAAUAUUCAAUGGCAAUUUCACAACCUCAAAGCUGUUAUGACCAAGUGGCUAGAUGCAGGUAAUACAUGUUUAAUGUAAUUCUAAGUAUAAAUAACUUAAUGAAAGGAGUGCAGUGUGUGUAUUGGAACCUUCUAAUUGAAUUACUGUAUAUUCUGAAUCAAAACAAUAAAUGGAACAAGGAUAAAUUGUCUCACAGCAAUGUGGUUAUUCACUUUUAUAGAAUGUAAUAUAAGAAAAUGAUCAAUUAAACUAAAAGCAUUGCUCAUGUUUGCAAUUCGAGAAUUUCGUAAUUAAUGAAAAACUUUUUUCUUAACUCUUAUAGGGAUUUAUUACACUUAUGGAUUCAUGGAAAAUUUGGUUUUAAACAAAUGUAAUAUGUAGCUAAGGUAUUGCUUUAAAUUGAAUGCAAUAAGAGAGUCUGCAUUAUACAAGGGACCGUUCAAAAAAAUAAUGUAUCAUAUUAAACUUGAUGACUUUUCAAACGUG